UAAACGAAUCAUAGAUACAUAUUCUUCGAAUUUCACUUACGAAGUUUAAAUAUUAUUUAAAAUCUUUUUCGUGAAGUCCAGGAUAUUCAAUACACACCGGAAUCUUGUCCAAAGAGCUUUGGCUAAUAGGAUAUAACUUCCGGUCCAAGCAGACCGCAAAAUGAAGGAUCCAGAGACUAACAUUAAUGGUGAAGGAGACCCUUCCCUUGCCUCCUCUGAACAGAAUUCAACAAAAGGAAAUGAUCAUGAAGACACCUCUCAGGAUUCAGUCUGGUCAAGUGUGCUCCAAAGAGGACCCUUUCAACCACUUUACUCAGUUAAAGUUCCUGAUGCAGUGAAAAAUGGAGAUGUUUUGCAGUUUACAAUACAUGUAGUGAAGAAAGACAGUAAAGAUUCAGAUGAAAUAGUUCGGGAGUAUGAUGAUAUAGAGUGGCUGCAACAUUGCCUUAUGACAGAAGAUGGAGUUGUGGGCUGUAUUAUUCCACCUCUUCCCCCAAGACCAGAGUAUGAUGCCAAAGCUGCAGAAUCAAAAACAAAGAAACAGCUGGGCAGUGAUGCCAAUGUUAUCAUGGCCGAUGAGUUUCACAAAGACUGCAGGAAUGUUGAGAGGUACCUUAAUAUGGUGAUUUCACAUGAAGUGUUUGGAAAAAGUGAAAUUCUGAAGAAAUUUCUAUGUGAAAAGGAGGCAGCUGUGAAGACCAAAUUAAAGAAGAGCCUCUUUAUGCGAGUCUCGCAGGCAGUGGAUGAGGCACGGAAAGGCCAGCACAAGGACAUUGAUGAGUUUUUUCAAAAACAGAGGGAUUGGGCCACGAAAUAUACUGCCUGCAUGAAGGAGACUUCUUUGAAUUUUAAUAAGAUGCUGUACUCACAAAUGAGAUUAGCCAACUGCUAUGGUCAACUCACUACCUCUAUCAAAGAGAGCAUUCCAUAUAAAGAUGAAGUGCAGAGUGAAAUCAAUAAAUACUUAGUGGUUCUAAGCGAGGGAGUUGAUAAUGCAAAGCAUGGACUAGAGGUAAUGUCUAGAAAUGAUGAGAAAACCUUGGGAGUUCAUCUAGAUCUCUAUUCAAAGUACAUGGAGUCUGUAAAGGAAAUGUUAUUCAGAAGGACUUGUUUGAUGGUGUCGUAUGAAGAGGCGAAUAAGGCAUUAGAAAAAGCCAAGCCAAACAAAAGAGAAGCAGCAGAGGAGCACAAACAAAAUAUAGAAAAGGCAUUUGAAGAAUGCUCAGACAGUGCCAAACGAGAGUUAAAGUCAUUUAGACAGCAAAGAAUUCUAACCUUUGGAGAGGGAUUAACCAAUUUUGUAGAAGCUCAAAUCAGAACGUCAAGGGACACAAUCACUCUCUUAUUACGGACCCUCAACACCAUCAAAUGUCCCACCGACAGCCCGUCAACGUCAGAGUGAUCUCCCAUUUAAUCUUACUGUCAUUCUAAAGAGAAAAAAGUUGGUAUUGUAUUGUGAUACAUUGUGCCUUCUGGUUGAAAAACAGUGGAGAUUGUGGUAAAGUAAUUUUAAGCACAGUUUGGGUAACAGAGAGUUAAGUUGAUUUGUGCCUUUAUGUUAUCUUACAUUUUUACUGUAAAUGUCAAAAUUUUUUGGUAGCAUUUGGAAUUUUAAUGGACCUAAAUGUUUGCAUGGGAGUCAUAUUUGCAGAAAUAUAAAUUCACAAAAUGUGUUAUUCCUGUGUAUUCUCACAGUCCUUUUGUCAUAGAAACUACCGGGAUUGGCAUGUUAAUGAAAAAAAUAUUGUUAUAGUAAAAUGAAUAAUAAUUGCUCCCCAACAAACAUCCCAUGUUUUCAUUAACUACACUAGUUAAACUAGGGUUUUGGGACACUGCAUUCUCUUGCCUCUUUGUUAUUUUGUAAAAUACUAAUACGACUCAAAUAUUCACCUGAAAUUAUCACCCAGUUGAUUAAAACCUUCAGCCAAAAGCAACUUUUACGCAAAACCCUUUGCUCAUUAUUGAAUUGAGUUAAUAUGUCUUCAUGAUUUUCAUCUUGUCAUGAUAAUUUGUGAGUGAUGAUUUUCAUAUAACGUGAAAUACAUGUUCAGCCCUAGUCUUUGUAUACCCAAAUAUGAACAGUAUAUGAGAGGAACCUUUCUUUAAUAUUCCAACCAAUUAUGUAUUUUUUGUGUGAUUUAUAUUGUGAAGAUAUAUUGUGUCCAUUUGUUUAUUUUUACAACAAAGCCUGCUUUUGAGAAACAGUUUAUAUUUUUUGUGGGGAAAAAAAAUAGAAAUUUUUAAAGAAGUUUUCAUUUAUAUAGUUUUUGAUAACUUUAAAUACUGUGGUUU